UGCAAUUCGGUGCUGUAAAUUAGAUCCGCUGUCCGCCCCACUGCCUGGCAGUGUCCACUUUGCUGUGAUCCUGAAGCGUACCUUACCGGUUGUUCUCCCAUUGUGUACCUAAGGUCCGCCAGGGUGCUUAUGCAGUCCUAUUUUACCGUAACUUUCAACUGCAUUUCGUACCACUGUUGGUAUCUAACAAGAUCGGCCAUCCAGCUUUCAUCUAUAGUACCUACUUAUUGAACGUGAGUCAGAACAUAACGUCGAAAUAACGUCGAAAUGUCCUCCGUACUGUCCCAAUUCACGUUUCGAGAAGCUGUCGAUACUGAUGGGCCGUUCAUCGUUUCCACUUUCGAUGCCGCCCUGCCAUACCUGGCUUCCAUCGGCAGUCAUGAACAAUGGGGCUCAGUACCCUUCUCUCGCCGGGAGGGCUGGAUUGAAGAAACUAUGCAGCAGCUUGUAGAUUCAGAGCAUAACCGGCUCACCGGCCCGGAGGGCAGAGGCGAUAGUGGAGGAUUGCGCAUCUUCGUCGUUGAGCGAGAGUGCCAAAUUGAAGCCACUGAGCCCAAGCAUGGGAGCUUCCGGACCGUUGAUGGUCGCCGCUUUCUAUUAGCUGGGGUAGCAUUUGUCCGCGAGCAAUGGAUCCCAUCGUACAUCACGGAGCAGAGUCACAUUCAAAUCGUUGAUGCUGAGCACGCUAGUAGUAUCUAUCUGGAAGUGAUGGUCUCAGAUAAUAGUAUCGGAGAUCUGAACAGAGGAGCUGGACCAGCGUUGAUUCGUGGGGUGCGCGAGUUUGGCCGCAACCUAGGGAAAAGAGUGCUCUAUGUCGAUGGAUGGGCCGGGAAUGAGAGAAAGCUGAUCCGGUAUUAUCAGAGACAGGGUUUCCAGUUGAUUGAUGAUUUCAGCAUACCAAGAGAAGGGAAGACACCCUGGCUAGGAACUUUGAUGCAAAUGAGUAUCUAAACUCGGCGCCGAGCAGAUGUGGCAAGAGAGUGAGAAGGGUGGCAAGGCGAUGUGAUUUAGGUGAGUAUUCUGUUUGAAGUGGCUCUUUACUUCUGCACCAAGAUUGCUCUCACACCUUUCGCUCUGUAUGAAAGGGUCGAUUCCUAUCGAAGGGUAAUUAUCUGAUAUCACGCUGGUCGAUUCAGGUCAGAGGUUCAUGUCAUCCAUAGAGAUUCAUAAAUAGUGUGGCUAUAUCAGCUAUAAAAAUUUCUUCCAAUGCGACUGUGAAACAUAUAGGUUUUCAG